AUGCAAUCGACUUUUAACGGUUCACCUCUUGCUGCUCGAGUCUCUAUUAUAUUACUGGGUUUUGGCAUAUAUAUCAAUGUUAAUAAAAAACUUGAUAUUGCAUUAUCGGAACAUUUAAAUACAAGAAUUAUUGGUGGAAAUGCUUUGGAAGAUGUAGGAUACAUCUUAAUUAUUGUAGCUGUAUUUACUAUAUUACUAUCAGCUUUUGGUUGUUUGGGUUCUAUAUUUAAAAAUCGAGUAUUUUUAUAUUUAUAUGCUGUAAUUCUUAGUCUUCUUAUCAUUACAGAAUUAGUUGCAUUUAUUAUAAUAUUAAGUUCAAGAGUUGCUAUUCGUGAUAGUUAUCAUUCAGGUUUUGAAGAAUUCUUUAAUCAUGCUUAUAAUCAAAAUCGUACAGAUCUUACAGAUCUUAUUGAAAGUAUGGAACGCGAAUUUAAAUGUUGUGGUGCUGAAAAUGUAACAGAUUAUUAUAAGAAUAAUUAUACAAUUCCGUCAACAUGUCAUCAUAAUAAUGAUAUUCAUAAACCUAUUUUCAAUCAAGGUUGUGCUCAUGCAGUUGUUACAUGGUUAUGGAAUCAACUUCCAAUCGUAGCAAGUGUUUUAUGUAUUAUUUUAUUAAUUGAAAUUUUUGGUGUUAUUUCUUCAAUUGCAUUAGCUAUUGCAAUUUCGCAUUCAUCCUAUGAUAAACUCUAUGACUAA